AUGCACCAGCUCCAGACCCCGCCCACGUUAAAGCUCCAUUGCUUAGCAACGCCUAAACUUUCAGAGCAGAGACAUAACCAAACAAACGCACCUCCGGUAGGAUAUUUGGCUUGUUCGGUCCUUGGUCACUUAUCUUGCAGAUUUAUCACACCAAGUGCAAUGUCCAAGGCACAACCAAAAAAAAAGGAGUCCUCCUCCAUUAAAGUCACGUUAUCCGACCGACAGGCAGAAGCAGCGUCCCUAGUAGUCACUUCCUCUGAGAGCCUGGGAGGUGUGUGGAGAUGCAGAUUCCCCAUUUGGCCUGAGUGGAAUGAUGCAGAAGUCAACAAGGAGAAAUGGGACUCAAGUAAAGGAGCUGAAGAUGGAAAGACGAACAAGAGUCAAAAUGCUCCAUUUUUUGAAGAUCCUGAGGGGAAAAUUCCCCUGCCUCCAUCUUUGAAAGUGCACUCCUGGAAGCGUCCUACAGAGUUUAUUGUCAACAAGGGUCUCAACGUUGUUGAAAAUCAAAUGACCUUUGACCUAAUCUCUCCCAAUGAUCAUCUGAUUUGCAGUGAGCUGAUGAGGUGGAUCAUCAGUGAGAUCUAUAUUAUUUGGAGGCUGCAUAACUGCACAUCUACAGAACAAGAUGUUUGGAGACCUUGGGAGCACAUCUACUCGUUGUGUAAGGUGGUGAAAGGUCAUGUGCCGCUGUACAACAACUAUGGGAAAUACGUGGUCAGACUCUACUGGAUGGGUUGUUGGAGGAAGAUAACAAUAGAUGAUUCCAUGCCAUUUGAUAAAGAAAACAACCUGCUUCUCCCUGCCUCCACCUGUCAGUCAGAGCUGUGGCCAAUGUUGUUGGCUAAGGCGCUUAUUAAAGUGGCCAACACAAAUGUAGUGGCAGAGGUCUGCGGGGAGAUGGGUGAGUUCACCUUUAUCCACACCCUCACCGGCUGGAUCCCAGAAAUCAGUCCUAUAAAGUCUGUAUACCUGGGAAAAAUCUGGGAUUUCUUACAAGACACCAUUCCCGUAUUUACACACCCAGAUGAGAGUUUGCCGGAGACAAAGCCUCAGACUGCAGAUCCAGCUGCAGGGAGAGAUUCCAGCCUUAAUGAGAGCAAGAAUCAGCUGCCAGAAGCAGAGAAAAGCAAAGGUACCCCCGAGGUAGUGGUGUGUGCCAGCUACUACCCUUUACAGCCACAUAGCAAUUCCUUUGGGUUCAGACAAAUGGCUAUUUCCUCAGAGUUUCUUCGUCAGUAUGGUCUCUCCUUGCUGUACAGCCACAUUGUCCUGUUGAUCAGAACCCGGGCAUGCCAGCUGGAGGCACCACCCGAACCUCCACCCGUGCCUCAAUGGAAACUUAUCCGCCAGCGCAAGGAGAUCGUGGUCACCGAUGAACCACGGAAGCUUGUUUUGUCAAAACCAGAACAGUUCAUUGAAGUUGCCAGCCCUUUUCUCUCCUACUGUGUCAAGACCAGCGUUGGCCCAAUCCCGGAGCUAGAGGCCAAGCAGAGCGCUGAGAGGAAGCAUUCCUACGGAUCUCCUCUGGUGUCCAUUGCUGAGAAAGAGGAGACUGAAUGCAGAGAAGGCCUUGAGCCUGAUGCAGCUGAACGCACCACUAACUCACUGAACAGCACAACAGACAAAAUAAAGGUUACUGCAGAGGACAGGAAGAAGGACAAUGAUGACAUCUCCAAUGAUCGCCCCAAAACGGCAAAGAAGGAGCCUGUAACUGAGGAACUUUCACCUCCUGUCAAACCCAUCCUGCAGGAGACCUGGGUGGACCUGGAUGACUUUGCUAAAUGCUUUCAGAUUCUCUUGGUAUUCCAUAAACCACAGAUCUACCCACAUCAUAUCCAGAAAUCUCAUCUUAAGAGCACCAUCUUGUCCAAAACUGCAACAGGCACCAACUGUACUGGAUCAUCUAUGCACUCUCUUACCACCGGAUCCCUCCAUGUGUCAUCUGCAGUAGCAAGCCCUGAAUGUCUAGAGGUGAGAGGCACUCACUACCUGUGUGUGGACAGCCUACAACCUUCCCAGAUCCUCAUCAACUUCUCUGCUCUGCUUCUCUGGGGAGAUACAGCUGAGGAGAAAAAGGAAAUGUCAGCAGCGUGUGGGUCUGCAGUUCUCAUUGCCCAGUUGUACUCCUGGAAAAGCCUGCAGUCUCAGCUGCCAGUUCUUACCAUCAAGACCACCUCCUCAAAGGCAGCCAUGCUUAACUUACCCCCAGGGCGCCAUGUGUUGUCCUUCCACACAAAGGCAGCACUGGGCUACCACGUUCACCUGUGCAGCAAGACACCUUUAAUCUUUGGGGAUGAAGAAACCAUCAUGUCACACCUUACAAAGGAAAGUGCUCAUUUCACUGAGCAGGCCUUGUCCAUCUUGAGGGCCCUGUCUAGAGUGGUGUCUUCAUUUAGUGAUGAGCAGGACCUGCCAGUAGCCAGAAGAACCCUAGAAGAAGCUCACUGCCUCCAAAACAUCAACACCACCCUGGGGAAACACCACAAGGUGUUUAACUCUGCAGUUUACCACAUGCUGUGUGAGGCUCUGGGCAGAAAGCUGACUGCAGAGGAACGUUUUGGUGCACUGGCCCUCACAGCUGACCCAUCACUCUUGGCCACUGACGCCAAAGAACACUCCCCUGCAUUGGAUGUAGAGUCAAAGCCUCCAGAAAGCUGGAGAGACAGGGAGCCAACAGACAGGGAGGUCAAGGCAGUCACCAUUCUGCAGGCUGGAUUCAAAAGGCACUUGGUACGAAAGAUCUUUAAAGCCUCAAAACCAGGCACGAAGGAGAACCUCAGUGCAUCCAAGAUUCUUUUAGACAUGUGGCCGAAGGUUGACUCAGAUGCAGCAAAACAUGCUGCCAUCUUGUUACGGUAUAUCAUUGACCACUCUGAGAGGAAAGCAGAGCUGUCCUCCUGUCAGCAGGAUGAAUGGACCAGAAUCACCUUCACUGAUUACUCCGUCCCUCUUCAAGACACAGCCAGCUCCUGGGUCUUGGUCUUUAGAGAGGUGUUCCUGGUUCCUAAGGAGAUGCUGCUGGUACCAAAGGUCUACUCCCCAAUCCCUAACUGUUUGCUGCACAUCAUAAAUAACGACACAGGAAAGGAGCUGGGCAUGGUCUUCAACAAAGCAGCAACCAAUGUCUAUCAACCCAACAAGCUUGGUUAUACCUUUGUAGCAGAGGCUGUCACACCUGAAUCACCCCCUGUUGGGGCCAAGUGGAGGAUGCGCUUGAUUAGCUCAAGUGAACUCCUUCCAAAACUGUCCCGUGAGACUCCACUCAACACGUUCUCAGUGAUGGAAUUCCGGGAUUAUUACAUUCCCAGUGACAAAAACCUCAUAUGUCGUUACCUCGUGCAGGUGACGGCAGACGUCCUAGGAACAAUUCAGUUUCAGACUUCCAAGCCAGAUGUAUUGAUCCGUCUGUCCAUUCUGGACCAGGAGAAGGAGGUGGCCAGCAACACCGGGAAGGGCCAUGUGGUAGUUCCUGUGUUCUACUUCCUGGCCAACAAAGCCCCCAACUGCACUGAUGACAAGAACCAGAACCAGAAGGGAUCCCCCACCCAGGACAAGAGAGUCAAGGUGAUAGACACUUCCCAGCAAAGAGAUGGGGAGGACGGCACAGCUGGGAAGUCAGACCACUCGUCUGACCAGUCACAGCCUCCUACAGAGACUAUGGGUCAUAAGUAUGUGGUGCAGGCAGAGGUGCUUUAUAAGAGCUGGGAUUUGGAUGAAUCUCAGCUGGCUUUUGUCCAUAUGCUCAGAGACUUGGAGAAGAAUGAAAUGAGAGUGUACAAGCUUGAGGACUUGAAGCGUUCAUCCACCACUGACAUGCCGAGCCAUGAUGGACGCAAAUCUGACACACCCAAAGCCAACCGCAAAGGCGAAGGUGACAAAGAGAAAGGGAAGUCAGCUGCCAUCUCCAAAUCUGGUUCCAUGCAAGAAACGAGCCUUGACUUGACUAAGCCAAACUGGACGCUGCGUGUGGUCAGUGACAAGAGCAAAACAGAGAGCAUCAAGGUGACGAAGGACACAGAGCGAAUGGACCAGAUUAAAGCCAUUAAAAAAGCCUGGGAAAUGGCUGAACAAGGCCGCUGUGCCAAGGCUUUACAGUCUCGUCUCAAGUUUCUUAAACAACAUCAAGCAAGUGACGAAACUACUACAGAUGAUGCAGAAAGCAGAGAGCCCGCUGCUUACAGAUCUGGUCCUGGCACCUCUCCAUGUAAUCAAAAGCUGACCGAUACCUCAUGCGCUUAUCUUCCCAUGGACUACACUCCCUUCAUCAGACGCCAAAAGGAUUUUCCAGUGCUGAUGGACUCACAGAUAGAGGAGAUCCAGCAGAGGGAGCGCUUAGAAAAGAUCCAGACUUACCGGUUGGUCCGAGACAAUGUCCUGGAGCACCAGAAACAGCAGGAGCUCAACAGGAAGGAGCUAAUGAGACACCAGCUGGAGAUGUAUGACAACAUGAAGGCAGCCUUGUGGCAGCACUGUAAAACAUUUCUCGAUGCUUGCGAGGCAUUUAAUAGCCGUCAGAUGGCGGCCAUGAAAAAGAAGCAAGAAGAGGAGGAGGCCCAGCGGGCACUUCUAGAAAAAACAACCCCCACCCCUGCUGCCACCCAGCAGCCCAACAACCGUGCCAAGAGUGCUGGCAAGAAGAAAUGAUGGCCAUUGGCACUAACUUCCACUCUCAAUUUCCUCAGCAGACACCUCUCAACAAGUCUGAACACUGAUUCUUUGUGUCUUUGAUUCUUUGAAUCUUUGUCUAAUCACAACAUCGUAGCCUGCACUUGAUGAUAUAAUCCCUGACCAAAAGAUUGUUUGGGCUGUUGUCUCUUGCUUUUGUGUUUUGACUCUUUGCAAAUAUGAAACUAAGGACUCUAAAAAGUUAGUUUGUUAAUGUUUGUAAUGUUUUUUUUAUCUUUUACCAAAGAUACUCACAACAUUUAUACUGUAUUCCGUGCCAUAUUUAAUCACAUUCUUAUAACACACAUCUAUAUCCUUCAUCUUUCAUCUAUAACCUGUAUUAACAGAGCCACUGUUACCCUACAAAAGCAAUCUUUGUAGUUUGUGUUCAUUUUCCAUUGGAAAAUAUCAAAUAUAAUACGUUUUAAAUGACAAAAUGGCUGUUACUGACUGUGUGCAGACAUGUAAAACCACUUCCUCUUUCACUGCACUGAGAAUGUCAAGCCAUCUCACUUGCAAUGUAUGGCUUUGACUUUUAGAUGCCGAGUAUGCCUGAUUAUAUUCCGCAAAUCUUUUGUUCUGUAGAAGGUCACUGUAUUGACUGUAUGACUCAAGGCAUGCUGGAUACAGCCAACCUCCCACAAGCUGAGUGGUACUGAUUGAUUGAUAUAUUCUUGUUGAUAGAAGUCCACAAGAGCUCAUUCCUACAAGACCAAGGCAAAGUGCUGUAUAUGGAAAAAGAAACAUAGGCGGCAGAUCUUUACGGCAACAUGGCAACUAUCUAUUACUAUAAUCCCCAAGUUUUGAGUGAAUAUGUUUCAAAAAAGAUGGUUAGGUUACUAAUAUACACAAAACUGUUGAUCAAUCUGGUGUUUGUUUAUCAAAUGAAUUUGAUAUAGUAUAAUAAGUGCUAUAUAUCUUAGCUUAGUAUUUGGAGUGCUUCUAGUUGGUCUCCAUCCCACAGAGAGAGUCAGCUGAUCAGCUGAGGAAUGGGAAGCUAAAUUGGAAAUGAAAGGGAAGAGGGUGCCAUCUAGUGGCUGUGGACAUUCAUAAAUUUUCAUUACCAUGCCUGCACUAUGCUGUUUUCAUGGGUGACAAUAAUGAAUAGUUCAAUUUUGUGCUGCUGCAUGAAGGAAAUUAUCAUUACGCUGUGUGUGCAUGUGUUAGAGGGUGUGGAUGUGCGUGUGUGUACAAGAUAGCAGGAUGAGAAGAAUUAUUUGUGCCUGCUUGUAUGUAUGUGUGUGCAUGUGCAAAGUCAUCCUGCAGUAAAUCCGCUCCUGCUUUUGUACCCUGCUGCUGACAGUUUGUUUAUCAAAACUCUUCUUUGUAUGAAAUGAUUCCCUUUCAUUAUGAUACUGGGCGUAAAUUAGAAAUAUACAACAUAUGAUUCAGAUCUUAGUUUAACUCAUACAAGGAUACUGUAGACACAAGCAAACUUUAACAGUAAUUUGUUUAUGUGUGUGAAUAUCUGCACACAAUGUUUAAUAUGAAUGUAUCCACCUACACCUCCCCUCUACACACAUACUAAAAACACAUUGUCUGCAUGUGUACAUUGCGCAGUGUUAUUUUUGCUCAUAAAAAUGUGCUGCUGUGUUA